GCUGCAGCCACUUUACCGAAUCCAUGCUAUGGACAACGAGCACCGCGUCCGCUUAUGCCUAUGGCCCCUUUGCGCCCAUGCAUGCUCCUCACGCUUGUAUACCACAACCCCCUAGACGUUGACAAGGGGACCAACCCAAUCACUCCAUCCUUAGUCGACCUUCGCUGCAUUGCGUCCCGUUCUCCCCCGCUUGAGGCGGGGAACCAUGUCGAUCGGGGAUUCUUUCAAGACCGGCAAGUGGGUGCUUGUGAAAGACGCAGGUAUAUAUAUAUACAUUUAUCUCACACGACCAUCAUCUCUCUCUUCCUAAACAACGGGAAGUACAUACUUCUAACCUCUACAUGCCACCUCUUCCUCUCUAUUGAAUGUAUAUAAUCGACCUGACUUCGCCCAACCGCGCUGACGACAACAUGGCAACCAACAAAUCCUCGUCCUCGUCCUCGUCCUCGUCAUACAUCACAGUUGACGAGUACGAAUUCCCGCGGGGCGCCAACGGCGUCGGGACGCUGGUUUGCGCGGCGUUGAUGGUUCUGUCUGCACGAAGAAAAUUCAUCGAACCACGCUCUGUCAUCCACGACCAUCUGAUUGCUCGAAGCGUCAAAGCCGCCAAAUACUCCAAGCUGGUCCAGGACAUCAUCUUCUACGUCUUGUUCGGCCUCCAUGUUCCCGGUACUGUCUGGUUCGCCUGGACCCAGCUGAAACGACACAAUGUUAGCCCCUUUAGUGUGCUUGGCUUGAAAUGGCUCGUUACCGUCUUCUUCGGCGGCCGCUAUGCCCUCAACCAGUGGGACGAGACUGUUCAGAAGAAGGAGACCCAGGUGCUCAAGGAGAUCUAAUCGGGUUGCUUACCCUGUUGAUGCGUGAGGAAAGUCGAAUUGCGAAAUCGAAGUCCCAAUUCGGAUGACUUUAUCAUAAGACUACUACUGAAAUGCACGGACCGAUCGCCGCUGCAAGUCUGAUUUGUCGAGGGAGGGGAGGAUACCUGCGCAGACCACUGCAUUGGUUCAAGUUUCCUUCCAACCAGCCUCCUCUUCUUCCUCUUCCUCCUCUUCGAGUUGUUCACGAGGUCUUGGGGGAGCAAGCUGUCUGAUAAACCGUGUUACCAUAUACUACCAGCCAACCAAAGCGGCUUUUCCUACGUAUAACUUGUUCAGAAGUGAAGCCAUUUUGUCCCAGUGCUUUGUUAGCACAUACUCUGUCAAAACCUCCUGCAACAACUUGCCGAUUCUCACACUGCAAUUUCACAUGUACACUACAGUAAUGUUUAUAUUUAGUAAUAUGAGCCACGUCUGUCGCGCUCAAAUCGCGCUCGACUCCGAGUUGUAUCAAACUCAUUUCAGGCUCCAUCUUUUUAUUAUUGGCCAACCAUAACCG